AUGGCAGUGAAGUGUGUUGUGCCAAAAACACCACGGCUUCAGUGGUUUUCCACAGCCAAAUACUCGCCCUUCUCGGUAGCGACAUCGACCUCUACGUCGCCCCCACGCACUCACAAUGCUGUUCUUCCCCAGCCGUCUCCUCCGUCAAAGAAAGCUCCUCUCGCUGUUCUACCAACGGGCACCCUUCUUCGUUCUCUUCUAUUCACGUCAAUCAUGUCCUCGCCGUUGCUGGACCCCUGCCUAUCCAUCAUGAAAUCCGUGGUAAACUCCAAGUCUCCCAUCCUCAGCCCAUCAAAGAACCCGGUCAUAAACUACAUCCUUCGAAAGACAAUCUACAACCACUUCUGCGCAGGCACAAACGAGACCGAAGUUCGGAAGACCGUCCAGGACACGAAGGCUCUAGGAUUCAAGGGCGUCAUCCUGGGAUACGCCAGAGAAUCCAUCGCAAAAACAGACGGGGAUAGCCACACCCAAUUCCGAGUCGUGAAGUCCCAGCGAGUCAAGGAAGACCAAGCCGUGGAGGAAUGGAAACAGGGGAACCUCCGGACACUGUCCAUGAUUGGCGCUGGAGACUUCCUGGGAAUAAAAUUCACCGGCGCUGGUCCUGCCGCCGUUGAAGCCCUCUCCCGCGGCGACCCCCUCCCACCUUCCUCCAUCCAGCAAGCCAUAACAGAGAUCUGCGCCGCCACAGCAUCACAGGCCUCCCGCCUCUGGAUUGACGCAGAGCAGCAGAUCUUCCAGCCAGCCAUCGAUGCCUGGACGAUCAACCUCAUGCGCAGGUUCAACCGCAACGGCACCAUCGUUGUCUACAAUACCAUCCAGGCGUACCUGAAAUCCUCAACAGACAACGUCCAGCGGCAUCUCCGACUCGCGCAGAACGAAGGCUGGACGCUGGGCAUCAAGCUCGUGCGCGGCGCCUACAUCGCGCAUGACAUCCGGGCCCAGAUCCACGAUAGCAAAGCCGCCACAGACCGGAACUACGACCACAUCGUCGAAAGUCUUCUGACGAGGCGGUUCCCGCUUGGAGAUGGAGAUAGAGAUGGGAAUGGAGAAGACGCAGUCUCCUUCCAGAGACCCCAUUUCCCCGAUGUGCGGUUAUUCGUCGCCUCGCACAACGCGGGAAGCGUGUGGAAGGCGUCCCUGCUGUACACACAAAGGAUGCACAGUGGUCUACCCACGAUCCCGGUUGAGGUUGGCCAGCUGCAGGGUAUGGCGGACGAAGUGAGCUGCGAGCUACUUGGCGAGAAGCGCGUUGGUGAUCUGAAGGACAAGGGAAGAUGCUCGCAGACCGUGCCUGCCACACCGGGGGUGUUCAAGUGUCUCGCGUGGGGCACCACGGAGGAGUGUCUCCAUUUCCUGCUGCGGAGGGCAGUGGAAAAUAAAUCCGCGAUGGAGCGGACGAGGGAUACGGCCGUCGCGAUGCGGAGGGAGGCGUGGAGGAGAUUUGGCUGGUAG